UGACCAGUCCCCUCACGAUGUGGACCUUUCUGGGUAUUGCCUCCUUCAUCUACGUGUAUAAAAAGUGCGGAGACCUCAUGACUUACGCUAAUAAGGAGGUGCUACUCUCUGUGUUAGUGUUUUUCUCCCUUGGCUUGCUGCUAUCGUACAGGUACCGCUUCAGGGGGCCCAAGCAACAGCAGCAGCAGCAGAAGACCCACAUGGGAAUGCUCUCUGAUGUUCUCUCAGCUUUACCACUUAUUGGCUUCUUCUGGGCCAAACCCACCCCAGGAUCUCAACAAGUCGAACAACCCAAAUCCAGAAAGGGUAAAAGAGAAGUAAACUCAGAUGUAUAUCUGACAGACACUGCUCCAAAUACAACACUAUCUCCCCAAUACGAUCCAGAAAUUAUCAUUGUGGGAUCAGGUGUCCUUGGUUCUUCCUUGGCCACGGUGCUCUCCAGGGAUGGAAGAAAGGUGACUGUGAUAGAGAGGGAUCUGAAAGAACCUGACAGGAUAGUUGGAGAAUUGUUGCAACCUGGAGGUUUUAAUGCACUUAGAGACUUGGGUCUUGAAGAUACAGUAGAAGGUAUUGAUUCACAAAUAGUAAAUGGGUACAUAAUUCAUGACAUCGAGAGCAAGUCGGAGGUUGAAAUUCCUUAUCCAACAUCUGAGGAUGGCCGUGUGGCGAGUGGAAGAUCUUUUCAUCAUGGCCAGUUCAUCAUGGGUCUCCGAAGGGCAGCUAUGGCAGAGCCCAAUGCAAAAUUCAUUGAGGGGACUGUGUUACAAUUGCUUGAGGAAGAUGACUGUGUCGUGGGUGUUCAGUACAAGGACAAAGCAACUGGAGACACUAAGGAACUUCAUGCACCACUUACUGUUGUAGCUGAUGGACUCUUCUCCAAGUUUAGAAAAAACCUAGUCUCCAACAAAGUAACCGUUUCAUCCCAUUUUGUUGGUUGCAUUUUGAAGGGUGCACCACAGUUUAAAGCUAAUUAUGCUGAACUUGUUUUAGCUAAAACUAGUCCAGUGCUAAUCUAUCAGAUUUCUUCAACUGAGACUCGGGUCCUUGUUGAUAUUCGAGGAGAAAUGCCCAAAAAUUUAAAAGAAUACAUGAUUGAGAACAUUCAUCCACAGCUACCUGAUCACUUAAAGGAACCAUUCUUAAUAGCAGUUCAGAAUGAUCGUUUAAGGACUAUGCCUGCCAGCUUCCUGCCUCCUUCAGCUGUUAACAAAAAAGGUGUUCUCCUUUUAGGAGAUGCAUAUAAUAUAAGACACCCUCUAACUGGUGGAGGAAUGAGUGUUAUUUUAAAUGAUGUUAAAAUAUGGAGAAGUUUGCUCCAGGAUAUUCCAGACCUUUAUGAAGAUUCUGACGUUCUUAAGGCAAAAAGAACAUUUUACUGGUCAAGAAAAAAAUCUCAUUCUUUUGUAGUAAAUGUUCUUGCCCAGGCACUUUAUGAACUCUUUGCUGCCACAGAUG